CCAACUCCUACAGUCUUUCCAUCCUCUCUUGGGCAGUAUCAGCUGGGCCUGGGUGGGGGUAGUAAAGGUGUCCCAUUUAGAGAUGAGCACUCAACAGUCUCUGGUGUCUUCUCUCCCUAAGGCUGUCCAAAAAUAGACUCUAAAUCAUUUCUCCCUUCUUUUUAGCACCUUGAAGCAUCUUCUAAGCAUGUCUAUCAACUAGAUAAAAAGGAGGUGUUCUGGAUGGAUGGCUGCUGGAAGCCCGUCAUCAUAGCCAGCUCUUCAACACUUAUGCAUUUAUCUGGGCGUUAAGUAAUGAAAAUUUUGAAACCAUAUAUGAGGAAUACAUCCAUCUCAUGCUACUUGUGUUUCCUUCUAAACAGUCAUUUCUUAACUGAGGUUGGCAUUCAUGUCUUCAUUUGGGGCUGUGUCGGGGUAGGUCUCCCCAAGACAGAGGCCAACUGGGAAGAUGUGUUAGCUGAUCUAAAUAUUAUUAAAUCUGAUAUUCAAUCUAUUCAUAUUGAUGUUACUUUAUACACUGACAGUGACUUUCAUCCUGGUUGCAAAUUUACUGCAAUGAAGUGCUUUCUGCUGGAAUUACAGGUUAUUUUACAUGAGUACAGCCACACACGCCUCAAUGAAACAGUAAACAACGUGAUGCUCCUAAUGAAGCGCAAUCUGUCUUCUACCAAGAAUAUAACAGAAUCCGGCUGCAAGGAAUGUGAGGAGCUGGAGGAGAAAAACAUCAGGGAAUUUGUGCAGAGCUUUAUCUAUAUGGUACAAAUGUUCAUCAACACUUCUUGAUGGCAAGUGGUCCUCUUCAGGGUUUCUAUUGUUACCACACCUCUGCCUGCUGUGCGGAGGCAGCACAGCUCUGUGCAGUUAAGAUGUGCUGGGAAAACAAAGCUGCCUAGACAGAAGCUAAUGAGCCACUUGGAUCAGAUGAACUCUGGGAGAUGAAGGGGGGGGGGAGCUCUUCUCAGGCCUGUUCUGCUUGCUUAUUUUUAAUUUAUUACUGCAGUUGUACAUAUUUGUAAUAUAACAGAAGAUGUUGAAUAAAGUUGUUCAUAUGUUUUAUCAA